AUGGUUGCCCCUUUAUUCCCACUUUCUCUUCAGCACCCCCUCCCCCUCCUCCUUCCCCGCAUCCCCCCUCUCGCUGGUUCAGGGACCGCACUGCUGCAGCUGAGUGAGACGGAUCAAGCUAUGGUUCUCUCUCUGGCCGCCGCCGCAGCAGUCAUGAGCAGCGGCGGUGGUAAUGGCUUCAACUCUUCUUCCUCACUCGACCCAUUCGACUCCUCAAUGUCUUGGAGUGUAAGUGAGGAUCCCUCAAAUUCCUCUUCAGAGCCCUUCUUGCGAACUCUGUCUCCGGACCUCCAACCGGCGACCACCGCCGGCGUCGUGCAGGAAGUCAGCCCUUGGGAUGUUGCACUUUGUGUAACGGGAACACUCAUCUCCUGCGAGAAUGCCUUGGUCAUCGCUGUGCUGUUCUACACGCCGACACUCCGUGCUCCCAUGUUCAUCCUGAUUGGAUCGCUAGCCGUGUCAGACCUCUUGGCCGGUCUGGGGCUCAUCUUAAACUUUGUUUUCACUUAUUUAAUUGACAAGUCGGUGGAAUUCGUGACGUUGCUGUCAGUCGGACUGCUUAUCUCAGCCUUCUCGGCGUCUGUCUUUAACAUCCUCGCCAUUACGGUCGACCGCUACCUGUCGCUGUAUAAUGCUCUGACCUACCAUACUGAGCGGACAGUCACUUUUACUUACAUGAUGGUUGCUUUUAUCUGGGUGACAUGUUUCACUCUUGGCCUGCUGCCGGCGCUCGGAUGGAACUGCCUGAAGGACCAAUCUACGUGCAGCAUCUGCCGGCCUGUCACCAAAAACAAUGCUGUGGUACUUGCCGUCACCUUCCUCCUUGUCUUCGCCCUUAUGAUGCAGCUCUACCUUCAGAUCUGCAAAAUCGCGUUCCGCCAUGCCCAGCAGAUUGCAGUGCAACACCAGUUCAUGGCUAUCUCUACCACCAAAGGGGUCUCCACUUUGUCUGCCAUCCUGUGUGCCUUUGGGACGUGCUGGCUGCCAUUCGCCCUGUAUUCCAUUGUGGCUGACUCCAGCUACCCUGUGAUAUACACCUACGCCACGGUCCUCCCGGCCACCUGCUGCUCCGUGAUCAACCCUGUCAUCUAUGCUUUCCGGAACCCGGACAUCCAGAAGUCGCUGUGGAUGGCUUGCUGUGGGUGUGUCUCGUCCAACCUCUCCCUAAGACCCAGGACUUCCAGUGAUGUGUAGCAAGAAGGGUUGGGGGCUGUGCUGAUGCAAGACGAAGAGUUUGGGUUAGAGGAACAAGAGUUUAGGAUGAGGAAGAAAAUAAGUCUUUGCUCUCCUCCUCAUAUCAAGGCUGGAAAGCUGAUGACAAAUGCUGAGCUGGCCAUGGUCGAAGAGGCACUGACAGAAGACUGAGAGGAGGCAUGGUAAAAAAAAGAAGGAGUUAAUAAAGACCAUGUCCUGUUUGUAGCUUGGAGAACAACCAACUCCAGGAAAGAAGCAGCAGGAAACCAACUGCAAAAUUCUGAUUCAAGGUAUCUUUUAAAAGUCUCCCUUUCUACAGGGAUGAGAGAAGUGAGGCCUCUCAUGAGUAGCAUAGGUGAAAUUUAGGUGGAAAAAAUUGUACUAAAUCUCCAGAGGAUGCUCUGGAUGGUUAUGCAAUCAGAAGGAAUGGUUAAAAUACUGUAUGUGUCUUCACUCAUGUCUUUGAAAUCUAGUGCUGUGUGGAUAAAAAUACAAUGAGCUAAAUAUACAAAAUGAAUGACUUUCAACAAUCUCAAUGAGCUAUAUUUGUAGUUGUCUCUUGAUAAAUGAAUAAAGAAACUGUUCCAAAUAGCCACCCUCCCUGUAUCAGAAGCAGAUUAGUUAUUUGAAAAGAGUGCAACAAAAACCAGCUCUAAAUUUUCACUUCACUUCUAAGGCCAUUUUAAAUUUACCCAAAGCCAACAUCCAACUUUUCUUUCUUCGAACAUUCAGCCAAAUCAAAAGUCGAACCAUUCGCUCAACAGAUAUUUGGGAAAUUUUAGGGGGGAUUACUAAAUGUAGACGUGGCACGUGUUGUCCCUGGCAUUAUGACAUCAAACCUGCUCUGCGUUUGAGGAAAAAUAGGCUUCUCAGGCUGCUGCUGGGCUGCGACUACAAAGGAAGGAGCUGAAUUCAGCACCAAGGACAGCUCCACUGCAGAGCGUUGCUACCCUGGGAAAUGCUCUGGGCUUUGGUGGUGGUGGUGUGUGUAUGUGUGGUGGGGAGGGGGUUGGUUUGAAAAACUAGGCUAUGCUGUUCUUUACACCAUCUAGAUAGGGAUUUGGAUGUGGGACUUAAGGGACAAUUCCCAUUUGAUUGGAGAUAUCCAUAUGAGUGUAUUAGGUUGAAUUAACAGAAAAUAUGGAUUAGAAAUGCCAUUCAUGGAGCAACAAGUAGAACAAAUCUCAACACGAGAAAGGAGAAAUCAUUACAUUUUUUUUCUCUGAUGCACAAAACGAUUAGGCAUGGGCUGUUAUAAUAUUCCCACCUUAAGUAAAAAUACCACCGUUUAUAUUUACACAAAAAAGCUAAAACAGUAAUGUUUGACAUUAUUUGGUUGCAUUUAUUCAUUUUUUUGUUAUUUUGAGUCAUAAAGUUAAGCAAACAUAGAAAAAAAUAAUUCUGGUUUUAUGGAAUUAUAUAUUGGUUGAGUAAUACAAGUACAACAAGCUGAUACCAGCUGAUAACUAGCAGGACAAUCUGCUCUCUAGUGCUUGCUGUCAGCUGUUUAACAGACAUGCUGCUCGUAACUUACCACCUGUAGCAUCACAGUAAUAAGACUGGCAGAUGAAGUUUUAGUCUCCACACCAUGACUGUCCAAGGUUGAAUGGAUAGUGAAAAUAUUUCCAAACAGCGGAAUUAGUCUUUCUUGAAAAUGAAGGAAAAGAGUGAGUGAGAUCUUUUAGCUAGCUGAACAGCAGUGCGAAGUAACAGCUGGGUGCAAUGCUUUUAUGUUCCAAUCAGAUGGAGAAAACUAGUCGCAAGGGCACCUUCUCUGGCAUCUCAUUAAAGGGACUGUAAACUGCAAGAAUCUAAUCACGGGAAAUUGUAGGGGUUUUAAAUCUGUAACUUUUGAAAGGAUCCAGUGCUAACUGGUUCUUGCCUACAGGGGACUCCUAUGUUUAUCGGCAUCUCCAUUAGUUUUGGCGAAGCACCUCUAAACUUAAACACUUCAGAUUGCUUCGGUUUGUGCUGCUGUAUGACUUCCAUCUCAAUUCCCCUGCUUGCAGACUGUCAGCAGUAGCUGGAUUUGCACCUUGAAGAAACAGUGCAGCUCUGCCCCGGAGCUCCUCUGAAGGCUUGGCGGGUUAAUAAGAAGCCACAGAGGCGAGGUGACGUGGCGUGAAAUAGAGACGCCAAGCGAGAUGUACUUUAACGCAGUUUUCAGUCACACACACACACGCACACACACACGCACACACACACACACACACACACCCUUCCAUCAGGGUUCCCACUGAAAAGGCAUUCUGUAAGGUAAAUCCAGUAAAUGUUAUUAACAUCUCGGCACCAGGGAGAUGAUGUUCAGAGAAUGAGCUAAAGAGGUUAUUUCCAACCUCUUGUCUGCAUUUAAAUGAUCUGUGUAGAUAGCUUUCUCUCUCAUGUUCCUCUGCACAACCCCAGAGUGAGUUACGAUGACUAAGCUACUGGCAUCCUGCUAAUAUAUGUGUGUGGGAGGUGUGCUGGCUUUGGGAAAAUCUAUAUAGGCUCUAAAUUCAAACAUAACUUCAGAAAAGAAUCUGCUGUUUUUUGUAACCACAGGGAGUUACUUUAAAUUUGGUGCUUUCUACCAAAUAUGUUGCAGUAGAUGAAAGCAAAAAUCAUAACUUUGAAAAUGGCGCACAGGAGAAGCUGUUAGUAUUAUUUUCUAUAUUGUAAAUUAAAACUUUAAAAAGAAGCAAUUUCUACGUUUCUUGGCAGGAAAAAUACAAUCAGUUGUUUUUGCAGCCGUUGUUGGCAAAACAACAGCUGCACAAGUUUCUGUCAAAGAUAAUGAUUUUUUUAAGACAAUUUAUUUGUAUCUUUUUUUUUUUUUCACUUUCCUUGCUUUUGGCCUUUUUUGGAACAAAAUCGUCUUUGCAAUAAAAUCCAGCUGCAUUUUGCUGUGUACAAAAAGCCACAAUCAAGAUGCAGAGAAAAAGAAAAGUGGUCAGCUUGAAAACACAGCUGAACAAUGGAAAACAAUUUGGCUUCAUACUGGAUUUGAAAGAAAAUGGUCGGACCGAUGGGUGUUUUUUCAAAAUGCAUUUUAGGAGAUGUGAUUCAUAGGGAUAUAUUUAUUUGCCUAUAUUAAGCUACUGAUGGUUAAUUCAAGAGCUUUUAAAGACCUAAAAACUCAAUCAUCAUACGAGGUUAACCCUCUAAUCAAAGAAGCUUUGACCACCUCUCUUGCUCUCUCUUUUGUGCAAACACUGCAUUGAUGGAACUGCCUAAUGGUUAAUAACUAGCAUCAAUAAUUAGGUGAAAUACAUUCAAUUAUCCAGAGGCUUGAAGCAUGAGAUGGAUGUACUUUGGUUUUGGGAAGCAGGUAGUUGAAAGUAAUCAAUCACUGAGGUUUAAUUGAAUCCAUUUUACAUUACAAGGUGGAAGAAGAUAUUUCCCUUGUAGGCAUAUUUAUGUUUAAGGUUUGACUGGGCAAUAGAUUUUGGAAAUGCUAGAUGGGACAGACAGGGUGGUGAUACAUUUGUAAAAGUCAGUGUUUGUACUUUUUCUAAAAGGUAGCUGAUUUAGCCAACAAAUCCAACAAAUACAGUUGCCUAAAAUUAGUAAAGAUCUGCUUGAACCCACCUCUGAAACUUGGCCCUCUCUAUUACAGCAAGGAUCAAACAGUGACAAAAAAGUGAAUGUUGGCUAGAUAUAAAUAUUUCUUGUGGUUUAUUAAAGCAAAAAAAAAAAAAAAAAGAAUUCAGUGACAGCAUCUUCAUCUUUAUUAUUGGUUAAAAUUGUUCUUAA